GUGUAGACUUCAACUCCCAGAAGCGUUUGUGGUCGUUCUCAGACGAUUACAUCCAGCUGACAUCCUACGUCUUCCCGUCCAUUAGCCACUGAUAUCCAUCUACACUCGAUAUUUUCCACAUGAAAAGCGUUCCCUGAUGAUUUGUUAACUCAACUGAAUGCAAGAUUUUAUCUUAUUUAUCAGAUGCAGGGCCCUGGCCCCGUCUCCAGCAGCUGAAGAACACCAGUCCUGUCCUCUCUGCUCCACGUCAACGGCCUUCCACCUCACCGAGUCAUGACCACCCAGAGGGAUCUCGAUAUGGUGCACCUGCGCCUUAUCCUGGUCAGUGGGAAAACACAAGACUUCACUUUCUCCCCAAAUGACUCGGCCACAGAUAUCGCCAAGCACGUAUUUGAGAAUUGGCCUGCAGGAUGGGAGGAGGAGAGGGUGAGCAGUCCCAGUAUACUGCGCCUCAUUUUCCAGGGACGCUUCCUUCAUGGCAACGUUACCCUGGGAGCCUUGAAGCUGCCGCCGGGCCGAACAACCGUCAUGCACUUGGUUGCCAGAGAGACCCUUCCAGAGCCCAACUCUCAUGGUCAAAGGAACAGGGAAAAAACCACAGAGAGCAACUGCUGUCUCCUCUUGUAAAGCGGGAGAAAGAACCCCUUACCCCAGUCUCACAAAUAACACACACAACAUAUACAUGCACAUGCAUACACUCUGCUCUCCUCUGCUCUUGUCAUCCUGUCAGCUGUGCAUUUGGAAGAAGUCACAGGAAGUCUGGUUGGGGCUGCUUCCCACUUUUCUGAGGCUUUUUGUGGCAACGUCUCACCUUUUGCCCCCAGACAUUUGCUGUACCGGAAGAAUUUGCUGUUGUUGCUCAUUUAUAUUUCACAGUGGUGACAUUAAACAACACCCACACUCCUCCAUGACCCUGUUCGCUACUGGACAAGUUUUAAAGAGCUGUCAUAUGCACCAUGAACUCUUCAUGGACACAGAAGUGCUACAAAGGAUGUGUGGGCUUUAACCCUUCCCUACUACUCACAUGGAUCUUUCCCCAGGUCUUAUGAAUGGUGUUAACCCUCUCAUUGCACUUGACUAGUUUGUUAAUGUUUAUUGUCAUCUCUUUCUUCAUGGCUUUGUUUUCGGUCAGAAGAACAGGCCACAAUUCCCCAUGUGUAGAAACCAUGCCAUCUUCCUCACAGACUGUUCUGCCUCUUCUUAACUGAGCUGUUCGGUCUGUAUCAGCACCAGUGGCGUUUGUGCCAUUACCCACAUCCUGUUUAUUCCUGGUAAUGGACCAGUUAUUAGGAGGGGCUGUGUGAACAGCUGAGGGACAGCCAUGGGGAACAGUCUCCCAGGGAGGCUCGUAAUGAUGGAGGCAGGGGAUUAUUUGCUUGUGUGUCAUCAGGUAUCAUGUUCACACUUCUGGCAGUGAUUUUGUUGACUAGGCUGUCGAUGCUAUGGGAGCUGGCGCAGCGGGCUAGUUACAUGCACACAGAAGAAGCAGUUGAAGAUGGGAGGGGAUGUGUCGACGGUGCGAGGCCCUCCUCUACUGGACGUUGAAGACGAGGCAGAGAGAGUUUCUCUUAAGAGUUCAAAAGGAAAAUUUUGUCGUUUCAUUUGGAUGCUGUCUUUACUUCUUGUUUGCCUUUUAUUGUGGAAUUUAUUAAUAUUGAAAUUUAAAUAUCAAUUUUUAUCUUGUGUAUAGGUAUUUGUUGAAUUUUAGUGUGGGUAAGUUUAUGUGUGAGUGUGUCUGAGUGUGCGUGUGUGUUGCAUGUGGCAUACUGUAUGAGGACUAGUGAGGGCAUGUGAUCUAAAAAUGUGCACUGAACGUUGAUAGGCUGCACUUUCUUUAGAAGCAGUUGAUUCCUUCCAUUGAGUGUCCUUUGGUUUGUGUUUUUGUCAUUCAGUAACACUACUAUGAAGUUUAGCUCUGUAUGAAUAAAUGUAAAAACUAAAAUACAAUGUGGUCUACAUAAAAGCUUGUAUUAUAAAUUAAUAAAUCUUUAAAUAUGA